GUAACAUACCCAAUCGACAAGUCAAUUGGCACAUACUGUUUCAAAUAUUACAUACCUUUAUUAUUGGUACCCACACUUUAUUUUGAAUACCGAGUACGGUAAGUUUUUGACGAAAAUAGAACAACCGAACACUGCAUAAAUGGAUUCUUUAUCUUUUGCUCUUUUUUCCCCUGUUGGGGCAAUUAAGUCACUGUGUCCAAUUAACUGAACUUUAGUAGCAAGUCCCAUUUUUGUUAUUCGCAUCUUGCAAGAUAAUAACCUACUAUCGGCUACUCUCAAGUAUCCACGAAGCACGAUAAUUCACCUGGAGCCCUGUGAGCCAAAACUAGCGAAAUAUAGUGCUAAUUGUUACUAGGGUUGCCAUGACGCGUCUUCUCUCAGUCAGGAACACUCAAAUUGAUAAACCACAAAACCUUUCCAGGAUCUUAAGACCAGAUUUCACUGGGCAGUAAGCAAAUACAAACUCACAAGCUUUUGCUCAUGUUUUUGAUAAAUGUUGUACUGAGCCUGAUUCGGUAAAAUCUGUUACUUGCCAGCUCAGGGUUAAAGGGAUCACAGGGUCGUUUAUCGGCUUGUACACGCAACACACACACAGCUGAAAGGUACUCACCAUAAGCAGAAACUGCUCGAAUUGAACCACUGCCCACUGACUUCACCUUUCGUCGAUUAAACGGAAGUUAACCAAAAUGUUCAACACCGAGAAAUUUCAAAUUCAAAAUAAGUUUUGGAAAUCCGAAAGUGGAAGCAAUUUGGUUCCUUUCUGAACCCGACAAAGCGGAGAUACGAAAAGGAGUGGAAAUAUCAAUCACCAGGGCUAUGCUCUUUGAACAAAUAGCUACUGAGGCCAAAUUUUCAUAAUAGUGUUACAAUUUAUUCAUGACGUCAUGCGGGGUACUUGCGUGUUUCGGCGUUCGGAUCGCGAUCCUGACAGGGCUGGUGGCGGUUACGGUUGUAGGGUUUUCCUUGAGUACAUCCCUGACUAAAUAAGAUGCGAACCCCUGAGUGAGGGCCUGGGAGAGAUGACAGGAGAAUGAUGUGGUUAUGUGCAGGGCCAGAGAGAGGGAUACACGGCGUGUGACUUUGUAGUGCGGAUUUAAGCGAGUAAUAAAGUGUGACUACAGUGAGUAAUUCGGGUGUUUCAUUCCUACAAAUCUGGCGACGAGGAUAAACUUCGAGGUGAGUCCAAAAUUUCAAAGAAUGAGCUGAAAAUAUGAAGAUGCGGAGGUUUUCAAAAUUCCGUUUCGGCUUGGAAAUGAAGAUGAUGGCUUUGUGUACCUAAACGUCAGGUGCGUGCGACAUGGUGGUAAGGGUGGUAUUAGUGAGAACGGAACACAUUUUUACUUGUGAUAAAUGCUGAAUCAGCAAAGUUACACUGAACAAAAUUUACACUGGCAAUGGAAUAAAUUGUGUAUAUGGAACAUUUUAUGUGAAAAAGUGAAUAAGAUUGAAAAUAUAACGUUGUGUUUUAAAUAUACAUUUUAUAAUAAAAUUGUUAUGAGUAUUUAUUUAUAUUUGGUGUAAUGGUCAUAAAUAAUUCCUGUAUGUGUAGCAUUGCUCUGGACUGAGAGAUUAUUACCGAAUGAAUGAACUGAACAUGCAUUGUUUGAAAAGCUGUAUGGAUUACAGAAUGUAAACACUGUUGAACAUGGAUUGUUCUCUUUUAACACUGUAUGGAUUACAGGAUGUGAACAUUUGUGCUUGCAUUUGUGUUCACGGGAAAAAAAUUAAAAUGCUGUAUGGAUUACAGAGUGUAAACACUGUUUACGAUUAUCAAAGAGAAACAUGGACUGUUCUCUUAUAACCCUGUAUGGAUUACAGGAUGUGAACAUUUGGUGUUCACGGAAAAAAAUGAACAGAUAAUGUUCGUUGAAAAGCUGUAUGGACUACAGACUGUAAACAUCGUUUACGGUUACUAAAGUUGAACAUGGAUUGUUCAUUUAAUCUCCUGUAUGGAUUACAGGAGGCAAACAAUGCAUGUUUACGGUUCAACAAAAUAAAAACAUUUAUAUGCGUUGUUCAUUAAAAGUUGUAUGGAUUACAUAAUGCAAAUUAUAACAAUUAUAAGCUAAAGUUGAGCAUGGAUUGUUCAUUUUAAACCCUGUAUGGAUUACAGGAUAAAAACUUUGAUUUAUGGUGAAAUAAGAUUAGCAUAACUAAAAAAAAUAUAUAUAUAAAUAAAUGCUUGAAUCUCAGUAUGUAAUUAUAUUAUGUUUACACAUAUUUGUUGCUUAAUUGUCGCAAUCGCAAUGUGCAAACUACCCUUCCCUGCCUCGUUCCCUGCAAACAAACUUAGAAAAAAAAAAAAUUAACACUCAGUGCAUCUUAUUUCAUGUUGGUUCCUCUCUCGGUUUCUCUUAUUUGAAAACGUUUUAGAUGGAAGAGAGUCGGCCGAUUCCUCAAUUUCGAUGCGAAGACAUAGAGAAGAGCAAACUGCACAAAGAGUGGAGAAUUUGGAAAGGAGCAUUAGAAUGCUUCUUUGAUGCGUAUGAUGUCGUGGAUCAGAAAAAGAAAAGGGCAAAACUUUUGCAUUUCGGUGGACCGCAACUGCAACGAGUGUUUCAAAACCUACCAGAUCGCGAAAAGUUCCCUCUGGUUUCCACCGAGAAACAGUGGUAUGACGUGGCAAUAAACGCGUUGGAUGGAUUUUUCCAGCCAUGCAAGCAGGACUGUCUUGAGAGGCACAGGUUGAGAAACAUGAAACAGAAGCAGGGGGAAAGGUUUGCUGACUUUGUGCUUCGCCUCCGCCAACAAGCCAGUGACUGUGGUUUCGACAAGUACUCAGAUGAAUGCAAGGAUAUCCUCACAGAAAUCUUUCUAACAGAUGUUAUCGUUGAAGGAUGUUUGUCUUCCGAACUUCGCCGGCGUAUUCUCCAACAAGAUCGUUCACUAGCUGAGAUCGAAUCCCUUGGUGCCGCUCUUGAAGGCAUCGAAACUCAAAUACAAGAUCUGGGAGACAAAUCAGGGACUCAAACUGGUGAUCAUAAGGUUCUGAAAGUCAGUAGCAAACCUGCCUAUGCGUUUAACAAGCGACCAGAUCAGCCUCAGAAGAAAUUCACAGCGAAACGACGGUUUCCAACCGGUCAAAACGAUACUGGUUGUCUUAACUGCGGGCAUCGGGAUCACCAAACCUACGAUAAUGCGUGUCCAGCAAAAGGGAAGCUCUGUUACACCUGUAAGCGUGUGGGUCAUUUCGGAAAUCGAUGCAGAUUCCGAAAACUCAAACAGGUAUCGAUUCCGAGUAAAGUGCGAGUGAUCGAGCAAGAAGAUCCUUCACCGAGUUCCGAACCGUCCGAAGAUACAGAAACAGGAAAGACGUACUAUGCCUUCUACUCCGGAAACGAGACAAACGUUAUCCAAUGCGAGAUCGGUGGGGUAAAAUUGGAUAUGCUAAUAGAUUCCGGAUCAGAUGCCAACCUGAUUACAGAUGUAGCGUGGGAAGCCUUGAAGCAGGCGAAGGUAGAAGUUCAGGAGAGCACCAAGGGAAGCUCUAGGGUCUUGAAAGGAUAUGCGAGCGAUCAUCCACUGCCGAUAAUGGGAACAUUCGUAGCUAAUGUAGUAGUUGGAAGAGUUUCGGUACGUGCGCUUUUCUAUGUCAUCAAAGGUGGUCAACGUUGCCUGCUAGGCGAUCAAACUUCAAAGGACCUUGGAAUUUUGAAGGUUGGCUUGGACAUUCAGAAUGUGGCAACUCAAAUGGCAACAUUUUCUAAAAUCAAAGACGUCCAGGUUCAAAUACAUAUGGAUCCGGCAGCAAAACCUGUGUUCCAGCCCCUAAGAAGAGUACCCAUGCCACUUGAGGAUGCAGUGAACCGAAAGUUGGAGCAACUUUUGACAAGAGACAUAAUUGAGGUCAAAGAGGGUCCAGCUUCGUGGGUUUCUCCUUUGGUGGUGGUGGGAAAAGCCAACGGGGAACCAAGACUUUGUCUCGAUUUGCGUCGUGUCAACGAAGCAGUUCGGAGGGAGCGCCAUCCAAUGCCCACAGUGGACGAUUAUCUGGCAAGAUUGGGAGAAGGAAAAUGCUGGAGUAAAUUGGACAUCAAGGAGGCAUUUUUACAAAUCGAAUUGGCGCCGGAGUCUAGGGACGUGACUACUUUCAUCACCAGUAAGGGACUAUACAGAUUCAAGCGGCUUCCUUUUGGUCUUGUGACUGCGCCUGAAAUGUUUCAGAAGGUCAUGGACCAAAUUUUGACAGGAUGUGAGGGGACUUAUUGGUAUUUGGACGACGUGAUAAUCGAAGGACGUGAUCGUGAAGAACAUGAUAAACGAUUGGACGAGGUAUGAGCGU